AUCAUCUUGAAUGAAAACCCAAGUGAUUUUUCUUUGGGCCUGAAUGCAGAAUCGAAGCAGAACUAACUCUCCGAAUCAAGUUCUAUCGGGCCUGAUUGUGUGAGAUUUUCGACAAUGGGUGUAGCCCAUCCCCUGCCUCGUCUAGUCCUCCUGUACUCAGGGAGUCGGACAGAACCCGAUAACCGACAGAUGGGCACCAUUCCAGAAGAAGAGGAGGAACCUCUACUGCUCACAAGCUCAGAACACAAUCUACAGGAUCCCCAACAUACAGUUGACGCCGAUGGUGAAAACCUGAUCAGUAAAGGGUGGCUUGAAUCAAAGAAGUUAUGGCAAGUUGCAGGUCCCUCCAUCUUCAGCCGCCUCGCCAUGUUCUCCAUGACUGUCAUCACUCAAGCAUUCGCCGGCCACCUUGGUGAUCUCAACCUCGCCGCCAUCUCCAUUGUCACCACCGUCAUCAUUUCUAUCACUUUUGGUUUCCUGUUAGGAAUGGCCAGUGCGCUGGAGACACUUUGCGGCCAAGCUUAUGGGGCAAAGCAGUACCACAUGAUGGGGAUAUACCUCCAAAGAUCAUGGAUUGUUCUGUUCGUAAGUUCGAUUUUGUUAGUACCCCUGUUUGUUUUUGCUGCGCCAAUAUUGAAGCUCUUUGGACUAAGCACAGAUUUGGCAGAGCAGACAGGUUUGGUGGCAGUUUGGUUGAUACCUUUUCACCUGAGCUUCCCCUUUCAAUUUUCAUUGCAAAGAUUCUUGCAGAGCCAGCUAAAGACUGCAGUGAUUGCUUGGGUUUCUGGGGGUGCUCUAGCUGUUCAUGUGUUAGUGAGUUGGUUUUUCGUUUACAAGUUGAGAGUUGGCAUUGUUGGGACUGCCCUCACUCUUGAUUUCUCUUGGUGGGUGUCUGUUUUGGGGUUAUUUGGUUAUACUGUUUUUGGGGGGUGCCCCCUUUCUUGGACUGGUUUCUCUGCUCAGGCCUUUGUGGGACUGUGGGAUUUCUUUAAGCUCUCUGUGGCCUCAGGGGUCAUGCUGGCAUUGGAGAACUUUUAUUACAGGGUGUUGAUUAUAGUGUCUGGAUAUUUGCAGAAUACUGAGGUUGCAAUUGAUGCUCUCUCCAUUUGCAUAACUAUCUAUGGCUGGGAAUCCAUGAUUCCACUGGGAUUUUUAGCAGCAACUGGAGUGCGUGUAGCUAAUGAGCUUGGUGCAGGCAGAGCAAAAGCUGCCAAAUUUGCAACCAUGGUCUCAGUUCUGAACUCCCUAGUGGUUGGACUUUUUUUUUGGACUAUUAUCAUGGUCUUUCAUGGCAAACUUGCAAUGAUCUUCACAUCAAGCACUUCUGUGAUUGUGAUGGUCAAUGAAUUAUCAAUCCUGCUGGCAUUUACCAUUCUUCUUAACUGCAUUCAACCAGUUCUUUCAGGUGUGGCAGUAGGAUCUGGUUGGCAAGCUUUGGUGGCAUUUGUGAACAUUGGUAGCUACUAUCUAGUUGGAGUGCCUCUUGCUGUCUUCUUAGGAUGGCUCCAGUUUGGUAUUAAGGGUAUCUGGUCUGGAAUGAUUAGUGGAACUGUGGUUCAAACAUUGAUAUUAACUAUCAUUACCAUGAAAUGCAAAUGGGAAGUAGAGGCACAAAGGGCUCAAACACAUAUAUCUCGUGAGAUGGCUUCCAACCAAUAAUCAUAAUCCAGUUUUGUGACUGCUUUAGUGUGCUCAUCUGAUUGUUUUGGAUCAUGAUUCAUGAUUCAUGAAUGAAUCAAAGUCAUGAGGAGAAACUGCAAGUGUACAUCCAAAAGUACUUUCUCUUUUCUUUCUUUUUACAUUGCUAAUAUGUUUCUAUUCAAUCUAUCAUGCCAAACAUGAAAAUUUGUGGUGUUGUGCAAAAUGAAAAGGAAAAAGUUAA